AUGGCUAUCAUCUGGAUACUUACACAAUCUGCAUCCCGUGGGUCCGACCAUGAACUGUCAUACGCAUCUCUUCUAGUUAUCCGAAUGGCCAGAGAGCGGCCGGAUCCUGAGUCACUAGAGAGACAUAGAAGCAAGCGUCAAGGUGGAACUUUUAACGAUGAAGAGGGCAAAAUGGGCAAUGAUGGAUGA